GGUCCGUAUGUCAACUCCAGGCAGAAAGCAGCAGGUGUGAAGGCUGAGGUGGUGGACUACGCUCGUCAGAAGUGGCCUAUGUUCUUCUCCAGGUUCUUCGAGGCCUCCAAGUUCUCAGGUAUUAAACACAGUUCUCUCCAAUAAAAUGAUCUCAGGUUGCAUCCCAAUUCUCCAUCCUUCUCCAGAAGUGUACAUUCACAUACUUCUUAUCACAGAUUUAACCCUUGGCAUGAGGGAGUUUGACAUAUUUAGGCUAUGUCCAAACUGGCAGCCUACUCCCUACGUAGUCACAGAUGAUCCAUUAUAUUGACCAGAUACUCUAGUGGGCGCUCUAACAAUAAAAAUAAAUGUCUUCAAAAAAAUGGAAGGCAGUUGGGAGGAGGCAAGAUCAGGUGGGGCUAUUCUAGCCAAUGAGAGGGCAGAUGCACGUGUGAACAACAGCCAAAACUGUUUCCAUUAGUUACCGCAGCCACAAAGUCAAAAUUGGCUAUAUCUAAAAACAAAUUGAAAAUAAACAUUUGCUUUUUGGUCUUAAUUUAAGGUUAGGGUUAGGCAUAAGGCUAGCAGCAUGGUUAAGGUUAUGUUUAAAAUCAUAAUUAAAGAAGAUUAAUUGUAGAAAUAGGCAGAGUUUAUGACUUAGUGUUUUUUUCUCAAAUUUGCCGGAACGUCAUGUGUCCUAUUUAUAUCAGUACACUCGUAAACAACCGAAUCAUUACGAAACGUCUAUUCGAUUAAAUAAGACACACAUACAGUAGCAAAUAAGCCAUUCAAUUUCUUGUUGACCAAAUUCGACACUCUGUCAAUGACCUCCAUACAACAGCUCCUCGCUUGGUGAGUGAAACAAGAGAAGGAAAAAAAGCCACCUGCUGAAGAAGACAGAUUUUGGGCCCAGUUACCCCUUUGGCUUUGCCUCUUCCUCUAAUGUAGUGCACUACUUUUGAUCAGAGCCCUUUGGGUCCAUAGCAGAGCUGGUGUAUCCCUUUGGGUCCAUAGCAGAGCUGGUGUAUCCCUUUGGGCCCUGGUCAGAGGUAGUGCACUACAUACAGAUGUCAGAUCUUAAUUUGACCCGUUUAAUCUCAGGAAGAAAAUAAUCCUGCAGCAGGAUUGAAUGUCUGAAGAAAUAUUUAGAAUCGCCGCCAGGGUCAGCUGGAAACGGUGUUUGUAUACAUUGUACCUUAGACUGCAGGUCCACUGGGCACCAGUUCAAGUAGCCUAUGUAGGCUUUGUGCAGGCUACGGCGCGUCUCGUGUGAAUUCUUAGGUGGAUUAUAAUAGACUGAACAAAAAUAUAAACGCAACAUGCAACAAUUUCAAUGAUUUUACCGAGUUACAGUUCAUAUAAGGAAAUCAGUCAAUUGAAAUAAAUUAAAUAGGCCCUAAUCUAUGGAUUUCACAUGACUGGGAAUACAGAUAUGGAUCUGUUGGUCACAGAUACCUUAAUUCUUAAAGGGGGGGGUUCUAUGCUGACAUGUGGAAAUUGUUUUAAGAUGGUCAUACUAUGGAUCAUUUAGCUAUUUGAUUCAGAAUUUUAGGAUCCCUUUAGGUAUAAAAAAAAAUAUAAAACAAUUAUUUGAUAAAAUGUUGAAUUGGUCCUUUACUACUAAAGCCCAGAGAAAUGCAUUAAAUAAAACAUUCAUAAAUGGCAAAAAAAAAAUGUAUAUACAAGGUUUUGAAGUGUCUGUCCUAUAUCUAGGAGAUGUAAGAAAGAUCAGGAAAUAUAUAUAUAUAUAUUUUUUUACACAUCUACAGUGGGGGAAAAAAAGUAUUUAGUCAGCCACCAAUUGUGCAAGUUCUCCCACUUAAAAAGAUGAGAGAGGCCUGUAAUUGUCAUCAUAGGUACACAUCAACUAUGACAGACAAAAUGAGAAUUUAUUUUCCAGAAAAUCACAUUGUAGGAUUUUUAAUUAAUUUAUUUGCAAAUUACGGUGGAAAAUAAGUAUUUUGUCAAUAACAAAAGUUUCUCAAUACUUUGUUAUAUACCCUUUGUUGGCAAUGACACAGGUCAAACGUUUUCUGUAAGUCUUCACAAGGUUUUCACACACUGUUGCUGGUAUUUUGGCCCAUUCCUCCAUGCAGAUCUCCUCUAGAGCAGUGAUGUUUUGGGGCUGUCGCUGGGCAACACGGACUUUCAACUCCCUCCAAAGAUUUUCUAUGGGGUUGAGAUCUGGAGACUGGCUAGGCCACUCCAGGACCUUGAAAUGCUUCUUACGAAGCCACUCCUUCGUUGCCCGGGCGGUGUUUCUGGGAUCAUUGUCAUGCUGAAAGACCCAGCCACGUUUCAUCUUCAAUGCCCUUGCUGAUGGAAGGAGGUUUUCACUCAAAAUCUCACGAUACAUGGCCCCAUUCAUUCUUUAAAUAAAUAAAAUAAAUAAAUAAAUUCUUUCCUUUACACGGAUCAGUCGUCCUGGUCCCUUUGCAGAAGAACAGCCCCAAAGCAUGAUGUUUCCACCCCCAUGCUUCACAGUAGGUAUGGUGUUCUUUGGAUGCAACUCAGCAUUCUUUGUCCUCCAAACACGACAAGUUGAGUUUUUACCAAAAAGUUCUAUUUUGGUUUCAUCUGACCAUAUGACAUUCUCCCAAUCCUCUUCUGGAUCAUCCAAAUGCACUCUAGCAAACUUCAGAUGGGCCUGGACAUGUACUGGCUUAAGCAGGGGGACACGUCUGGCACUGCAGGAUUUGAGUCCCUGGCGCCGUAGUGUGUUACUGAUGGUAGGCUUUGUUACUUUGGUCCCAGCUCUCUGCAGGUCAUUCACUAGGUCCCCCCGUGUGGUUCUGGGAUUUUUGCUCACCGUUCUUGUGAUCAUUUUGACCCCACGGGGUGAGAUCUUGCGUGGAGCCCCAGAUCGAGGGAGAUUAUCAGUGGUCUUGUAUGUCUUCCAUUUCCUAAUAAUUGCUCCCACAGUUGAUUUCUUCAAACCAAGCUGCUUACCUAUUGCAGAUUCAGUCUUCCCAGCCUGUUGCAGGUCUACAAUUUUGUUUCUGGUGUCCUUUGACAGCUCUUUGGUCUUGGCCAUAGUGGAGUUUGGAGUGUGACUGUUUGAGGUGGUGGACAGGUGUCUUUUAUACUGAUAACAAGUUCAAACAGGUGCCAUUAAUACAGGUAACGAGUGGAGGACAGAGGAGCCUCUUAAAGAAGAAGUUACAGGUCUGUGAGAGCCAGAAAUCUUGCUUGUUUGUAGGUGACCAAAUACUUAUUUUCCACCAUACAAUGUGAUUUUCUACAAUGUGAUUUUCUGGAGAAACGUAUCUAAAUCUCAUUUGAAUGCCGGUCGCGGCAGGCUCUGUCGUACCCGGCCGCGACCGGGAGACCCAUGGGCCGGCGCACAAUUGGCCCAGCGUCGUCCAGGGUAGGGGAGGGAAUGGCCGGCAGGGAUGUAGCUCAGUUUGGUAGAGCAUGGCGUUUGCAACGCCAGGGUUGUGGGUUCGAUUCCCACGGGGGGCCAGUAUGAAGAAAAUAAAAAAUAAUGAAUUCACUUACCAACUGUAAGUCGCUCUGGAUAAGAGCGUCUGCUAAAUGACUAAAAUGUAAAUGUCUAAGGAAAUAAAAUCACUUCAAAAAGAAUGCUGAAAUGAAGAUCCGACAUGUAGGGAAUAGGGUGCAAUUUGGAUCACAGCCGUUAAUGUGGUAGAAAGACAGCGCCAGUAGGAGGAAGGGAAGGCAUUAGUGCAGCGAUCCCUCCCUGCUGUUGGGCCUCUGGUCAAAAGUAGUGGACUAUAUAGGGAAUAGGGUGUCAUUUGUCAUUUAAUCUAAAUGAUGUGUAAAGUGGUUGUCCCACUGGCUAUAAGGUGAAUGCACCAAUUUGUAAGUCGCUCUGGAUAAGAGCGUCUGCUAAAUGACGUAAAUGUAAAUGUAAAUUUGGGAUGCAAACAUUUGGUUUUUCCUGCUGGUUUAAUCCAUUAUGCAUAUUACCAGGUCCUGCACUGCCUAAAAACAAGUUCAUUGUGGCGAUCAACUGGACAGGCAUCACCUUCCUGGAUGAGAAGGAGAGGAGACUGCUGCAGCUCUCCUACCCAGAGGUCACUGGGGUCAACACCAUGAGGUACAGCACAAUAAGCUAUAGGUUAAAGGUCACAGUUAAGGUGCACAGUGGUUGGGAGCAGGGUGAGCUUCCCAAAUUGCACCCUAUUCCCUAUGUAGUGCACUACUUUUGACCAGGGCCCGUAGGGUUCUAAUCAAAAGUAGUGUGCUAUAUACGUAGGGAAUAGGGUGCCAUUUGGAAUGCCACCAGGAAGCUAGGUCAAAGGCUGCACAGAGGUUGGACAGUUUUUGUGUUAUGGGAACAUUUGCCUUAACCUAAUGAAUGUUCUGGGAACUUUCACAGAACCAAUUUUGGUUUGCUGGGGAAAUUACUGGUGCAUUAUGUUACAUUACAUUACCUGGAAACCUAAUGAGAACAUUUGGGGAAUGUUCUGUGGUGGUUGUUACAGAUAUUGUGCACAACAUUUUUGUGAAUGUUAGGAGAACAUUCCAAGGAUAUAUAAUAUUUAUUUUUACAAAUGUGUUAUCAAAAACAUUCUUUGAAUGUUUUGGGGAUGUUAUCAUCCUAAUGUUAGAUAAAACCCUACUAGAACUUAAUGGGAAUCUUAGCUGAUGUUCUGGGAAUGUUCCCGGUUCACUGGGUAGUGAAUAAUACCCUGGAUUAUAUGUUGGAUACCUCAUUAUGAGUUAACUAGUAUCUUUCAGUAAUAUGAGUGAUUCUCCUCCUUCUCUCAGGGAUGGGCAAGGCGUUUGGCCAUUCUGUGUGUCUCCUCACUCUGAAGGGAGACUUCUCUCUGAAUGCAGCGAUGGCUGGGAACAUAGCAGAGCUGGUGCAUCUGUUCCUGGGAGGACUGAGGGAACGCUCCCAGUACGCUGUAGGGCCUGCAGGAGGUCAACCAAGGUUGGUCAGACACAACACCAACCAAGGAUUUAGCAAACAUUUAUCUUUUAGCAAACUUUAAUCAAGUUUUAGAUAAGUUGGUUUGACCAUAUAUACGAAAAUUGCAUCCUAUGGGGACAGCAGAAGAACCCUUUUGGAACCUUUUUUUCUAGUUAAUUAGGGUCAAACUUGUCACCAUUUUUAAAAAUAUUUAGUAUUUUAUAAUGAUCCCCAAUUAGCCUACUCUUCCUGGGGUCCAAACAGGAAACAAAACACAACACAUAAUAUACAUAACACUACAUAAUAAAAUACAUUAAUACAAUGCAAAAUACAAUACAAAAUAUAUACAAAUGUCUGUGUCUCUUCACAGUCCCCAUCAUGCUGUGUUCUUUAAUCUGGUUUUUGAAUCUGGUUUUAUUGCUAGUUUGAGUUACCUGGGGUGGCAGAGAGUUCCAUGUAGUCAUGUCUCUAUUUAAUACUGUGCGUUUCCCAGCCUCUGUUUUGGACCUGGGGACUGUGAAGAGACGUCUGGCUGCAUGUCUUGUGUGGUACCAUUGAGUGUCCGAACUGUGUCCCAACUGCUUGAACAAGACAGUUCGGUACCUUUAACUCAUCAACACCUCGCACAGAGACCAACAGUGAUUCAGUCAAUCUCUCCUCAACUUUGAGCCAGGAGAGAUUGACAUGCAUACAACUGACAUUCACCUCCAUGUACAUCAAGUGCAAUACAUGCUGCUCUGUUUUGGACCAACUGCAAUUUUUUUGCAAUGUCCUUCUUUUGCCGCACAUGACUGGUUGAUUUAGAUGUCAAGAAAGCAGCGCAACGCCUUAUCAUGGACAGACCUCUUCCCAUUUUAGCAACCAUUGAGUCGAUAUGUUUUGACCAUGACAGCUUGCUAUCUAGGGUUACACCCAGCAGUUUAGUCUCCUCAACUUGCUCAAUCGCCACAUUAUUCAGUAAUACAUCUAGAUGAGGUUCAGGGUUUUAGUGACUGAUUUGUCCCAUAAACUAUGCUUUUAUUUUUUGAGAUAUUUAGCACCAGGCUAUUGCUAGUUACCCAUUCUAAAACUGACUGGAGCUCUAUGUUAAAGGUGUCAGUUACUUAUUUUACUGUUGCAGCCGACGUGUAUGUGGUCCUCUGUAGCUCAAUUGGUAGAGCACGGCGCUUGUAACGCCAGGGUAGUGGGUUCGAUCCCCGGGACCACCCAUACGUAAAAAUGUAUGCGCACAUGACUGUAAGUCGCUUUGGAUAAAAGCGUCUGCUAAAUGGCAUAUUAAUAUUAUAUUAUUAUUAUUAUUAUUAUACUGUUGAAUUGUCAGAGUACAUGGACACACAGGCUUUAUUCAAGGUCAGAUGAAGGUCAUUAGUAAAAACAGUAAAACAAUAAUGGUCCAAGCUGGUUAUGAUCAACGCCAUCAAAAGCUGCACUGAAAUCUAAGAAAACAGCUCCCACAAUCUAGGUGUGAUAAAACCUUGAAAAAACGAAUCCCCUCCCUCUCUCCCUCCCUCCCUCCCUCCCUCCCUCCCUCCCUCCCUCCCUCCCUCCCUCCCUCCCUCCCUCAUUAGGGUCAAACUUGUUUUUGAAAGAUCUCAGGAAAGUAGCCUACCCCCAUCACUAGGUUAAACAGCUUGAGAAUAGCCUCUCUCGGCUUAGGACUGCUGUGUUUCAGCAUCUCUGUUAGAAUGCUGUCUGGCCAACAGGCUUUACCGCUCUUGGACUACCUGUAUUUUAAUCAUCUAGUUUAGACAGUGUAAUAGGAUUGUCCAGCAGGUUUUGUUGGUCUGUUACUGUUCAUUCUAAUUAUGUCAAUUGUUCUAUUACUGAUGUUUGGGUGGAGUUAGGUUAUUGUUCUUGAAUUUAUAGAGGUUUUCAAAAUACUGUUGCCAGAUAUUCCUAUCUUUGAUUGGGAUGGCUUUCUUUUUAACAGUGGUAUCGAAUUUCCGCCAUGAUUCCCUAAAUUAAUUUUUAUUGAUUGCUAUUUUGUCAAGCUCAUUGGUCAUAUAGAGGGAUUUUUUCCUUCGUAAUAACUUAUUAUAUUGGUUUAGGGCCUGUUGGUAUAUGAGACCUGUCUCCUAGUUUACAUCUGUCUGUCUCUCUCUGUCUCUCUCUCUCUCUCUCUCUCUCUCUCUCUCUCUCUCUCUCUCUGUGUCUCUCUCUCUCUCUCUCUCUCUGUCUCUCUCUCAUAUAGACGACCCUACGUUCCUGAGUUUUAAGAAAGGAGAGCUGAUAGUCCUCAUUAAAGACGAUGAGCUGACUGUCGGCCGCGGCUGGAUCAAGGGCAAGAACGAACGCACCAGCAUGACGGGGGCGGUACCCACCGACGCUAUCCUGGUCCUGCCCACUCUCACCAAACCUACCAAUGAAGUCAUGGUAUGAACGCAUGUCCUUAUGUUUUACUAUCUAAGGUCAAAUUAGGGCUGACAAAGUGUCGAUCCUUUCCUGUAGGAAGUGUUCUUCCUCUUUCUGGCACUGAGAUAGCUGCUAUUCUGAAGAAGGUUUGAUUCAUCGUGAUUUGUGGUUGUUUUACCUACCUUAUUUCAAUGCACUAAUUCUAAUCAGUCUGGAUAAAUGAUUAAAAUGGCGACAUAAAAUGUUUCCAGAGUCUUCUGAACCUGUCACCUGACCAGAGGAAGAGCAUCAUGGCAGCCAAUCACAAGGAGACAGGCACCGUGGAGAGAGUGGCCCCCGUGUCCCUCAAAGAGUUCUCCUAUGAGUACUUCAGGUAAGAGUUCUCCUACGAGUACUUCAGGUAACAGUUCUCCUAUGAGUACUUCAGGUGAGAGUUCUCCUAUGAGUACUUCAGGUAAGAGUUCUCCUACCAGUACUUCAGGUAAGAGUUCUCCUACCAGUACUUCAGGUAGUUCUCCUACCAGUACUUCAGGCAACAGUUCUCCUACGAGUACUUCAGGUAACAGUUCUCCUACCAGUGCUUCAGGUAAGAGUUCUCCUACCAGUACUUCAGGGAACAGUUCUCCUACCAGUACUUCAGGGAAUAGAGAAACCUCUGAUACGAUAUUAACAGAAAAAGUGAUAAUAGUAUAGCCAAUAAUAUUUAGAUCUAUAUGGUAUAGAACUAACACAUGUAAAAUAUAUAAUAUAUAUGGGAAAACAUUGUGAUUUUAACCUAAAAGUUCUGUGCUUCUGUCUGUCCCUCCAGGCAGCCCAUCAAGGAUGUGAACCGUCAGGUGAUCUCUAAGAACGUGGUCCCUGAGUGCCUGUGGGCCAACUCCAGGGAGCCAAUCAGACAGCCCCUUCUUAAGAGGCUAGUGGGGAACUCUGAUCUCAGCCAACGGGCCUGCCUGGCCUUCACUGAUAUCCUUUAAUAAUUGAUUUACUGCCUUCUCACUGACAGAUUACUUCAAGAGCAUCUUUGGAAUCACCUCAACGUCGCUUUUUAGUCAUUUAGCAAGCACUCUUGGCUAGAGUGACAUACUCUGGUCUUCACUGAUAUCCUUACUGAGAAAAUAAAAUGCUGUCGCUACCUUGCUUUCUAUUCAGACCAAGGUGCAUGGACAGUGGUGCAGACUGAAGAUUAAAAUAUAUAUGAUAUGUGGAAACCAGAUGCACUUAUUGUAAGUGGCUAAAUGUUAAAUGUCUUCGUGAGCAUUUUUUCUAAUCAAGGUUCCAUGUCCUGGUACGGGAUCAUAGACUCACCUCUUCUCUUGUGGUUGGAUGGCAAAUGACAUACAGUUUGUUUAAAUACAGUUUUCAGAGAUGUGUUGCUAACUGUCCUUGACCUGUGUGUACCUAUCCUGAAGUACAUGGGGGACUACCCCACCAAGCAGAUACAGAGUCCUGUGGAGCUGACAGACCAGAUCUUUGGCCCAGCCACCAAGGACGAGGCCCUGAGAGACGAAAUCUACUGUCAGAUCAUGAAACAAAUGACCAGCAACAACAACAGGUAGUGCUUUUAGGGCCUGUUUCCCAGACGCAGAUAUAGAUUUAGCAAAGAGACAAAAUAUUAAAUGUUCAAUCGAGAUUCUUAAUGUCAGUCCAGGAGUAGACUUAAUCUGUGUAAAUCAUGAGGGGCUUUUUAACUUUAAUCUAAAUACAAGGUACAAUGAACCCUUUUGGAAAGAUGUUUAAAACAGAGCAGCAGAGGACAGGACAACAGAGGACAGGACACCAGAGGACAGGACAACAGAGGACAGGACACCAGAGGACAGGACAACAGAGGACAGGACACCAGAGGAAAGGACACCAGAGGAAAGGACACCAGAGGAAAGGACACCAGAGGACAGGACACCAGAGGACAGGACACCAGAGGACAGGACACCAGAGGACAGGACACCAGAGGACAGGACACCAGAGGACAGGACACCAGAGGAAAGGACACCAGAGGACAGGACAGCAGAGGACAGGACAGCAGAGGACCAGGACACAGAGGACAGGGACAACAGAGGACAGGACCAGCAGAGGACAGGACACCAGAGGAGGAACAGGACCACCAGAGGACAGGACACAGAGAAGGACAGCAGAGGACAGGACAGCAGAGGACAGGACACAGAGGACAGGACACCAGAGGUCAGGACACAGAGGACAGGAACACCAGAGGACAGGACAAACAGAGGACAGGACACCAGAGGACAGGACACCAGAGGAAGGACACCAGAGGAAAGGACACCAGAGGACAGGACAACAGAGGACAGGACACAAGAGGAAAGGACACCAGAGGACAGGACAACAGAGGACAGGACACCAGAGGACAGGACAACAGAGGAAAGGACACUCCUAUAUAUAGAUGGGAGGUUACACAAGAAGAAUACUAUUUUCCUAAUGUGGUAUUGCUGAUUUUGUAACAAUGUUGUAACAUCCCCAACAGUUUGGAGCAGGACUGGCAGCUACUGUGGCUGUGCUGUGGUCUCUGAUGAUGAUGAUGGUGAUGAUGAUGAUGAUGAUGUUGUUGUAACAGGUUCAGUUUGGAGCAGGGCUGGCAGCUACUGUAGCUGUGCUGUGGUCUCUGAUGAUGAUGAUGAUGAUGAUGGUGAUGGUGAAGAUGAUGAUGAUGAUGAUGAUGAUUGUUGUUGUAACAGGUUCAGUUUGGAGCAGGGCUGGCAGUUGCUGUGGCUGUGUUGUGGUCUCUUCCCUCCAAGCCAGUCGCUGCUCAAACACACCCAGCGCUUCCUGGAGUCCCGACGGCGUGAAGCCCUGGCCCCUGACUGUCUACAGCGCCUACAGGGAUCACUGAGGUACAGUGGCUUGCCAAAGUAUUCAACCCCCUUGGCAUUUUUCAUAUUUUGUUGCCUUACAACCUGGAAUUAAAAUAGAUUUUGGGGGGGUUUGUAUCAUUUGAUUUACACAACAUGCCUACCACUUUGAAGAUGCAAAAAAACAGAAAACUUGAGCAUGCAUAACUAUUCACCCCCCCCCACAAAGUCUAUAUUUUGUAGAGCCACCUUUUGCAUCAAUUACAGCUGCAAGUCUCUUGGGGUAUGUCUCUAUAAGCUUGGCACAUCUAGCCACUGGGAUUUUUGCCCAUUCUUCAAGGCAAAACUGCUCCAGCUCCUUCAAGUUGGAUGGGUUCCGCUGGUGUACAGCAAUCUUUAAGUCAUACCACAGAUUCUCAAUUGGAUUGAGGUCUGGGCUUUGACUAGGCCAUUCCAAGACAUUUAAAUGUUUCCCCUUAAAGCACUCAAAUGUUGCUUUAGCAGUAUGCUUAGGGUCAUUGUCCUGCUGGAAGGUGAACCUCUGUCCCAGUCUCAAAUCUCUGAAAGACUGAAAAAGGUUUCCCUCAAGAAUUUCCCUGUAUUUAGUGCCAUCCAUCAUUCCUUCAAUUCUGACCAGUUUCCCAGUCCCUGCCGAUGAAAAACAUCCCCACAGCAUGAUGCUGCCACCACCAUGCUUCACUGUGGGAUGGUGUUCUCGGGGUGAUGAGAGGUGUUGGGUUGCGCCAGACAUAGCGUUUUCCUUGAUGGCCAAAAAGCUCAAUUUUAGUCUCAUCUGACCAUAGUACCUUCUGCCAUAUGUUUGGGGUCUCCCACAUGGCCUUUGGCGAACACCAAACAUGUUUGCUUAUUUUUUUCUUAAGCAAUGGCUUUUUUUCUGGCCACUCUUCCGUAAAGCCCAGCUCUGUGGAGUGUACGGCUUAAAGUGGUCCUAUGGACAGAUACUCCAGUCUCCGCUGUGGAGCUUUGCAGCACCUUUAGGGUUAUCUUUGGUCUCUUUGUUGCCUCUCUGAUUAAUGCCCUCCUUGACUGGUCCGUGAGUUGUGGUGCCAUAUUCUUUCCAUUUGUUAAAAUAAUGGAUUUAAAUGGUGCUCCGUGGGAUGUUCAAAGUUUCAGAUAUUUUUUUAUAACCCAACCCUGAUCUGUACUUCUCCACAACUUUGUCCCUGACCUGUUUGGAGAGCUCCUUGGUCUUCAUGGUGCCGCUUGCUUGGUGGUGCCCCUUGCUUAGUGGUGUUGCAGACUCUGGGGCCUUUCAGAACAGGUGUAUAUAUACUGAGAUCAUGUGACAGAUCAUGUCACACUUAGAUUGCACACAGGUGGACUUUAAUUAACUAAUUAUGUGACUUCUGAAGGUAAUUGGUUGCACCAGAUCUUAUUUAGGGGCUUCAUUGCAAAGGGGGUGAAUAAAUAUGCACCACUUUUCCGUUAUUGAUUUUUUUGAAUUUUUUGAAACUGGUGAUGAAUUAAUUUCACUUCACCAAUUUGGACUAUUUUGUGUAUGUCCAUUACAUGAAAUCCAAACAAAAAUCCAUUUAAAUUACAGGUUGUAAUGCAACAAAAUAGGAAAAACACCAAGGGGGAUGAAUACUUUUGCAAGGCACUGUACAUGAGCACAUCAAAUACUGAAUAUCUUCACUUACUGUACAUAUUAUGGUGGCCCAUUAGACCCCAUCUCAUAGCCCCAUUAGAGGGGACCCAUUAGACCCCAUCUCCUUAGAUGUGGAAAGGUCAGGGGUCAGAGGUUAGGGUUAUAAGUUAUAUGUUGUGGGUUAAGGGUUAGGAUUAGGGUGGUUGUACUGAUUGUACUUUGUGUUGUCUAUUAGGAUGGAGCCCAGGAAGGUGCCUCCUCACCAGGUGGAGAUUUGGGUUAUAGGUUAGAGGUUAGGGUUAGAGGUUAGGGGUUAGGGUUGUACAUUAGGGUUAGAGGUUAGAGGUUAGAGAUUAAAGGUUAAAGGUCAGAGGUUAGGGUUAGAAGUUAGGGUUAUAGGUUAGGGUCAGAGGUUAGGGUUAGACGUUAGACGUUAGGGUUAGAGUCAGAGGUUAAGGUUAGAGGUUAGGAUCAGAGGUUAGGGUUAGAGGUUAAGGUCAGGGGUUAAAGGUAAGGGGUUAUAGGUUAAGGUUAAAGGUUAGAGGUUAGGGUUAGGGUGGUUGUACUGAUUGUACUGUGUGUCUAUCAGGAUGGAGCCCAGGAAGUUGCCUCCUCAUCAGGUGGAGGUAGAUGCCAUCCAGCAGAACUCCACCCAGAUCUUCCACAAGGUCCACUUCCCCAACAACAUGGAGGAGGUGAAGAGCCCCGCGCCAUGACGGUUACUCUGACAAGUGCUAAGCUAAACUUCUAAUAAUCUGUACAAACAAUAUGUACAGUCCCUUUCAUAACCACUGGUCCUUUGAGCCGGAUAGGAACCAUUGUCCAGGCAUAUGUUGUUCCUUUUGUUGCACAUGUAUAGAACCUGUACUGAAUUGUCUAAUAUGUCCCCUGGGUAUCCUUCCACAUCCCUAUCCUUGGGUCUCCUUCCCAUCCCUACUCCUGUGUAUCCUUCCACAUCCCUACUCCCUGGGUAACCUUCCACAUCCCGACUCACCUGGUAUCCUCCACAUCCCUACUCCCUGGGUAUCCUUCAACAUCCCUACUUCCCGGGGUUCCUUCCAUCAUCCCUACUCCCCUGGGUAUCCUUCCACAUCCCUACUCCCUGGGUAUCCUUCCACAUCCCCUAUCCCUACUCCCUGGGUAUCCUUCCACAUCCCUACUCCCUGGGUAUCCUUCCACAUCCCUACUCCCUGGGUAUCCUUCCACAUCCCUACUCCCUGGGUAUCCUUCUCUCCUCCUCAUCCCUCUGUAGGUCUUUGAGGUCAACACCAGCACUAGGAUCAGGGACCUCUGUCAGACCAUCUCCGCCAAGCUCCAGCUGGUCUCAUCUGACGGCUUCAGCAUCUUCGUCAAAACACCCGACAAGGUUCGUCAUCAAUACAACAACAUCAUCAAUAAAUGUCUUUAUAACAGACUGCUGACCUCAGUGAUUCAGAGUAGCCUGGUUCCCCUGGAGUCAUAUGGUGUUUGGCAAGACGGCACAAACAGGUCUGGGACCAGGCUAGGUUCCUGAAUAUCAGAGGACCUUUUCAUACCCAAAAAAGUAGAAAGUAAAACAAGUAUUUGUCUCUAGUUUGUGAGACGUCCUUUUGUCCCUAUGUUGUCCAGGUUCUCAGUCUGAAUGAUUCAGACUACUUCUUUGACAGCCUGAGACAGAUCACUGAUUGGUCCAAGAAAGCCAAGAGUGUCAAAGAGGGUAAGAUAAGAUCAGAUCAUGCCUUUAGGAACGCCGUUGAUAUGCCCACGGCCCAGUGUUGAACCCUUAACAAUGGUGUGGGUGUGGUGUGUGUGUGUGCGUGUAUGUGUGUGUGUGUGUGUGUGUGUGUAUGUGUGUGUGUGUGUGUGUAUGUGUGUGUGUGUGUGUGUGUGUGUGUAUGUGUGUGUGUUGUGUGUGUGUGUGUGUGUGUGUGCGUGUGUGUAUGUGUAUGUGUGUGUGUGUGUGUGUGUGUGCGUGUGCGUGUGCGCGUGUGUGUGCGUGUGCGUGUGCAUGUGCAUGUGUGUGUAGGAGGAGGACCCAUGAACAUGACCUACCUAGUGUUCUUCAUGAGGAAGCUGUGGUUUAACGUCAGUCCUGGCAGAGACCUGGAGGCUGACCUCAUCUUCCACUACCCCCAGGUAUGUUACAAUGGCUGAGUUCCAAACAGCACCCUAUUCUCUGGGUAGUGCACUACUUCUGACCAGGGCCCGAUUAUUACAUUUUUUUGGGGGGGGGGGGAAAUGUGUAUAUAUUUAUUUUAUGUGACAAAUCAUAUUUCUUAUGAAUAUUGCUGAGAAUCGAACGUAAAAAAACAAAAAAACAAAAAGGUAUUCAGGGCACAUGCCCAUUGAUUUUGUUAUAAUGUUUGAGCAGGGGAACACAGCAUUAGCCAUGGCAAAAUGCAUAGAAUUGCAGGAAGUUAUCUUUAAAACUCCAAAAUUGUCUCUCAGCUCCAUGCCAAACUGUGUAGAAUUGCUGAAAAUUAGCGUUUACAACGGCAAUAAUUUCUCUCCGUUUCCAAGAUAGCCUAUUAGCUAGAAAGGUAUGUUAGAGUCAACACUUCCUCUUCCAAUGAACUGUGGGGAGGUUAAAAUAAUGAAACUGUCUAACGAAACUAUUCAUUUUAAAAUGGAUGACUUCUCCUUGCCAUUAUCAUUGGCCAAGAAGAACGUGUUCAAACAUUCAUUCGUUCCUUGUGCUGUUGGACUAGUAAAUGCAAAAUAAAUUGUAUCGGUAUAUGUACUUAUCUAUCCAGUGCAGUUGGGACAGCGGUCAGUUGUGAGUGAAUGUAUCAAUGUCCUCUAUGUUUUUAGUGGAUGCAACAUGAUGGACUGACUGGUUUAGAUGUGAUGUGAGAAUGCAUGUGAUGUGAUCCUUUUAAUGGAAGGUGAUGCCAAAGAAAAAUGUCCAUCCUGGAUGGACAAUAAAGUUUUCUUCUAUUUCAUUCUAUUCACCUGAUGAUAAGACAAGAUAUUACUUAUUUUUUUUGAUAACAUAUGAUGGGGGUCUCUGGGUCGCCGGUUUGUCUGGGAGGGGGUCCCUGGACAAGAAAAGGUUGAAGAUCCCUUGUAUGGGAAAUAGGGUGCAGUUUGGGGCCAUCAUGGUUUAUCUUCCACUGCCCUCAGGUGUGUUUGGGGCCAUCAUGGUUUAUCUUCCACAGCCCUCAGGUGUGUUUGGGGACCAUCAUGGUUUAUCUUCCACUGCCCUCAGGUGUGUUGGGGGCCAUCAUGGUUUAUCUUCCACAGCCCUCAGGUGUGUUGGGGGCCAUCAUGGUUUAUCUUCCACAGCCCUCAGGUGUGUUGGGGGCCAUCACUGGUGUUUGGGCCAUCAUGGUUUUGGGGCCCACCCUGGUUUGUCUUCGCGGCCAUCAGGUUUCUUCGGCCUCUGGUUUUUGGGGGCCAUCAGGUUAGUCGUUGCAGGCCCAUCAUGGUUUUUCGGAGCCCUCAUGGUUAUCUUGCAGCCUCAUGGUUGUUGGCUCACACUUUCAUGUUCUGCCGUCAGGUGUUUUGGGCCAUCUGGUUAUGUUCCUGGGCCUCAGUGGUUGGCCAUUCCACAGCUUAUCUUCCAGGCCUCAGGUGUUGGGGCCAUGGUUUAUCUUCCACAGCCCUGGGUGUUGGGGGCCAUCAUGGUUUAUCUUCCACGCCCUCAGGUGUGUUGGGGGCCUAUGGUUUAUUUCCACUCCCUCAGGUGUGUUGGGGGCCAUCAUGCACUGCCUUCAGUUGUUGGGCAGCCUCUGGGUUUCUGCACAGCCCUCAGGUUUUUUCGCCUCAGGUUAUCGUUCCGACGCCAUCAUGUUUUCUUGCCAUCAUCGGUUUUUCGGGCCUCUCAUGGCAUGGUGGCAUGAGUUUCACACCUAACCCUGUCGGGUGGCCAUGGUUAAUCUUCCUCAGAUUUCCAGAUUGGGCCUUGGUUAAUCUUCCGUCUAGGUGCUUCUGAGCCAAUAAUGUAAUUUCACUGCCUGUGUUGGGGCACAAUGGCUUCCAUCUUUCACCCUCAGGUUGGGGGCCAUUGUUUAUUUCCAACAAGCCCUAAGUGGUGGGGCCGUCUCAGGGCAUUGUGGCCCUGAUUCAAUUCAGAUUCCUCCGUUAGCUUUAAUCUGCAAGAAUCCAAAAGAAUUGGAUUUACGUUUACUGGCCCCCCUCUAACACAAAUAGUAGUUUACCUAUGAGAAACUGCCAUCUUUACAUUAGCGUUGCGCGUCAAGGUUGGGGUCAGGGUGGGUCAAUUCCUUUUACAUAACUAUACUAAGAAGUGUGCUGACUUCGCUUCCAUUCAAUUCUACCUAAAUGCUUUUAAAUGAGAAAACGGAAAUGGAAUUUGGUUUACUUUCUGAAUUGACCCUAACACUGCUUACAGUGCAUUAUACUAACAGACAGACGUCCUGAUUAGCCUUUCCCUCAGUGCAUUAUACUAACAGACAGACGUCCUGAUUAGCCUUUCCCUCAGUGCAUUAUACUAACAGACAGACGUCCUGAUUAGCCUUUCCCUCAGUGCAUUAUACUAACAGACAGACGUCCUGAUUAGCCUUUCCCUCUCCCUGCUAGGAGCUUCCUAAGUACCUGAGGGGGUACCACCGCUGCACGAAGGAGGACAUGGUGAAUGUAGGGGCUCUGCUCUUCAGGGUGAAGUCCAACAACGACAAGUCCCAGUUCGUUAUGAUCCCCAAGAUGCUGAAAGACCUGGUGCCCGGCGACAUGCUGAAGGCCAUGUCCGCUACGGAGUGGCAGAAGGUAAGAUCAAUCAAUCAAUCAAUCGUUUAUUUAUAAAGCCAUUUUUACAGUUGUCAUGCAUCGAAGUAAGAGAGUCUCUCUGUGUCACUGUAGUCAUUCCUCCAAAAGUGUGCACUUGUUCACUUCCCUGAAUCGGUAUAUGAGAUAUGGUUUACUGGGAGGAGUGCAUGAGUGCACAUAGCUGGAAGGGACUGGGUGAUGACGUCAUGUGGCCUGUAUACAAAGACAGUCAGUAGACAGUCACAGCCCCUUUGUCUGUGACUGCAGCUCCACGUUACCCUCUACAUGAUCCCUGAACUCAAAUGACCCUUAACUCAGUUCAUUAAAUCGGUGAGGUCAGAGGGAUCAACUAUGUAAAAUGUCUUAGAAAUGUUUUUUAUUUUUUAUUUUUAUUUUUUUUAAACCAUUUUAAUCUCUUUGAUACCAGAACAUCGUUGCGGCCUACAACAAGCAGGCUGGCAUGACUGCUGAAGAAGCCAUGCUUGCGUUCCUCAAGGUGGUCUGUCGCUGGCCCACCUUCGGCUGCGCUUUCUUUGAAGUGAAGGUAUGGAACAGACAUUGAUUUUAAUUUGUUUUAUCACAAAUUAAAUUCCCCUCAGGAGAAAUGGGUCUUUCCAGCCGGUGUACCGCAGUAGGUUCGAAGGACACAAAAGUAGUGCACUAGAUAGGGAAUAGGGUGCCAUUUGUGAGGAUGGAGCAUGCACUACUCUGUCUUCCAUCCUCAUUAGAGAUGUUGUGUUUUUUCCUCCAGCAAACAUCAGAACCUAACUUCCCAGAUAUCGUCAGGAUUGCCAUCAGCAAACAGGGGGUCACAAUCAUCCACCCCAAAACCAAGGUAACACACACACACACGCACGCACACGCACGCACGCACGCACGCACGCACGCACGCACGCACGCACGCACGCACGCACGCACGCACGCACGCACGCACGCACGCACGCACGCACGCACGCACGCACGCACGCACGCACGCACGCACGCACGCACGCACGCACGCACGCACGCACGCACGCACGCACGCACGCACGCACGCACGCACGCACGCACGCACGCACGCACGCACGCACGCACGCACGCACGCACGCACGCACGCACGCACGCACGCACGCACGCACGCACCGCACACACACACACACACACACACACACACCACACACACACACACACACACACACACACACACACACACACACACACACACAAUCCCAACAUUCAUUCAUUCAUUCAUUCAUUCAACAUUCAUUCAUUCACCAUCAAAGACUCCUUUUUUUUCCUCUUGAGAAAUGGUUCCUCUUAAAUUCUGUUAAUUACUCUAUUUAGGGGACUUUCAUUAUAAUUUAAUUGUUUUAUCAAGGCAUAUCAAGGUAAUUUGCUUAUUAAUCAACUUCUGUUAGGCCAAAUGGCUUCACGGCAGUUCUGUCUGACAGCCCCCCGCUUUCCCUCUUCAAUUCAGUUAGCGUCCAUUGAUUCUGGGGCAUCAGGUUACAUUUCCACAGCCAUUGGAGGCUCGAGAGUCCCGCCCUUAACGCUCAUUCGCUGAUCGGACUGUCCAUCAAUUUGUGUCGGAACGGUACAUCUCAGACACACAGCUGUAGCGGAAUGAAUGUGUUCUAUGACAAACACGAUCGAAAUAAGAUUUAUAUCAUUUUUACAAUUAUUUUUUAACUUGAACACAAUUUGAAGAUGUGAAACAAAAUCACUUUGUGUUCGUCACAAAGGGACAAACGUUAUAUUAGAUGAAAGCUGAGAUCGUGAAGAAUUAGUAGAUUCGCUAGCUAACUCUGUGGUACGUUCACAGGGGUAUAGACAACAACGAAUGAGAGCAGUCCACCAGGAAAUGAGUCGGAUCUUCCCUGACCACUAAUUAUAUAAAAAAAAGUAUUACAAUAAUAAGGCAUCUGAAAUCUUAUAGCUUAUAGCAAAGAGACCUCCCGAGUGGCGCAGUGGUCUAAGGCACUGCAUUGCAGUGCUAGCUGUGCCACUAGAGAUCCUGGUUCAAAUCCAGGCUCUGUCGUAGCCGGUCGCGACCGGGAGACACAUGGAGCGGCACACAAUUGGCCCAGCGUCGUCCAGGGUAGGGGAGGGAAUGGCCGGCAGGGAUGUAGCUCAGUUGGUAGGGCAUGGGGUUGUGGGUUCGAUUCCCACGGGGGGUAUGAAAAAUUUAAAAAAUUAUGUAUGCACUCACUAACUGUAAGUUGCUCUGGAUAAGAGCGUCUGCUAAAUGACUAAAGUUGUAAAGUUGAUUGUGAGUAUAUGUAGAUUAUUUUUUUAAAAACUAUAGUAUACACAUUGUGAAAAUGAAAUCUAGGAUGUACUAUCUUUCAUGCUAUUUACUAUAGCAGUGCAUUCUAGUGCACAAAGUGCCUACAAAUCAUAGAUAAAUAAUAACUACCAAAAAAAGCAAAAGAAUCUGACCUUUCUAAACAGUACUAGGUAAUAUCCAUGUCCCUCUCAUUAAGAUAUGUUUUAUACAUCCAGCUGACAUUAACAUUCAACGGAGAGCAUGAACAGUAAAGAGAUGUCUGUCUGUCUAACCUGUCUGUCUGUCCCGUAGGAUGUCCUUGCGACUCACCCGUUCAACCGUAUCGCUAAUUGGUGCAGCGGAUCCACCUACUUCCACAUCACCGUGGGCAACCUGGUUAAGGGAAACAAGAUCCUGUGUGAAACAUCACUG